CUCUUGGGGAUAUGGACCUCACUACCUGUGUUGGGGGUCUAGAGAGCAGGAAGACUGGACUUCUGGACAAAUCAGGACAGCUGGAGAAAACCAGGGUGUUCGGUGCAGAAGCAACUGACAAUAUGGACUUCACUGCCUGUGUUGGGGGUCUAGAGAGCAGAAAGACUGGACUUAUGGACAAAACAGGACAGCUUGAGAGAACCAGGGUGUUCGGUGCAGAAGCAACUGACAAUAUGGACUUCACUGCCUGUGUUGGGGGGCUUGAGAGCAGGAAGACUGGACUUAUGGACAAAACGGGACAGCUUGAUAAAACCAGGGUGUUUGGUGCAGACGCUACUGGCGAUAUGGACUUCACUACCUGUAUUGGGGGUCUGGAGAGCAAGAAGACUGGACUUAUGGACAAAACAGGACAGUUUGAGAAAACCAGGGUGUUUGGCCCCGAAGCUACAGGUAACAUGGACUUCACUACAUGUGUUGGUGGAUUUGAUGACACUGUGCUUGCCGAUGCACACAUUGAUCUUGUUGAUGACCAAGACUCAGAUGAUGAUGUCAUAACCAGCACAUUGCCUCAACUUCCCGAGACAUUGGCUUGUGUUCCUGUUUCUUCAGCUCAAGGAGGCGCCAUUGAUCGUAAGGAUUGGUCAAGAGAGACAAGUGUCAGUAGACGUGGGUCUGAUUUCAUUGAGAGUUCUCAAUACUCCAAAAAAGAAUUGAAUUCAUCAAAAUUCCUUGGGAAUGAAACAGUGGCUGGUUCUGUGUAUGCAGAGGAUUCGGAUGAAGAAGUCAUUGUCAGUUCUUUGCCAGGAGCGACUGAAGUUCCAACGGCAAAGAUCAAACAGCAAUCGAGUGAUGGGCCUACCACGGCAGAAGAUGAGCAGGCAAGUCCGAAACGUUUGUUGUGCAGUGAAAAUGGUGACUCUCGUGCUGAUAAGAAGAGGAAAUUGACCAUUCGUGACGAGGUGGUGGUGGCAGAAAGUGACGAAGAUAGUGAUGAAGUGUUCAAGAAACCUGGCAACAAUGAUCCAGUGAAUACAGCCCCAAGAAAACAGUGCGCAAUAGCUUCAGAUGAGGACAUACUAUCAGAAAAGCCCCCAGAUGACAUGGAAAAUGUGACGUUUGAAUUGCCGAGUUUCCUGAGCCAGACUGUUGGUGAUGUUUCUAUUGAUCCUACUGCUAAAUCCCUGCUGACGAAUAUCACUAUGAACAGUGUGCUCUAUAUGACCAAAGAUUCCAUCAAGAAUUUGUCGGAUUUACGAGAGUUUGCAGGGAUUCUCAAAGGUGCUUUUCUGACAUCCAGACGGAGUGUGAUAAAGCCGGUACAGUGUCGACCACCUGAGAGCCUAGCUGAGCAUCUCCAGAACAAGAUCAUAAAUGCCACGCAGAUUGAGGUAUACGAGUGGGCUUGUCAGCGGGCGGAGGAAGUCAUCAAAAGCCUGAGGACUUCUGUUGCUGAAGUAGAAGAGCAGGCCAAUGAAGAGCUGCAGAGCUUCUUUGAAUCCAUUGCCGGGAUGACUGCAGAUCAGCAAAGAGAUCUGAAGCAGAAAACGAAAGCUCUGAUGGACACAUGUAAGACGUCUGCCAAGACCGCACUGAAGGAAUGGAAGAUCAAGCUGGUCAAGAGGAUGGUGGAGAGGUAUCAGGAAGACACGGAAGAAUUAGCCAAUGUCGUCGAGUCCAUUAAAGAAGCGACUGUCAAGAUUGAUACCCACAUAUCCUCGCUUGAGGAAGUUGAGAAAAGUCUGGAUGAUGAAAUAAAAGAGCUCGAGUGGCUGGACAGCAUCAGCGUAGAUGAUCUGGAAAGCUUCGUCAAGAAAAAGGAACAAGUUUCUUUUCUCCAAAAAGAAUUGAAUGACAAAGAAAUGAAGUUGAGGGUAUUGGAGAUGGAAGAGAAAGCUUGUCUGAUUAAGGAGGAGGAGGAGAAGGGAAAACUGGCUGAUGCGAGGGAACUGGUGGAGAAGAGAAGAACAGAAGCGACGCACGCCCAAGGUUUGGUGGGCGAUAUCGCCAGGUUGCAAGACAAGUAUAAGCGCCUUGGAAUGUACUGUGAGGGUGAACUGCUAUACUUUGACGAAACCAGAUGGGAGAUUGGUUUUCUCAGCAAGAGUCUUGUGAUGACUCUAACCUUCGGUGAAAUGUACCCAGACAAGACUGGACCACUACAAAAUAGAGAGAUUAAGGAGAUUAAUUUCCUUUCCUAUUUACCAGAUGAUGCCCAAUCCCUACACAGCUUCAUCCACAAAUCCCUACUCGUGAAAGCGCUCAAGGAGUUUGACGAUUCUGAAUAUCCUAGUACAAGACAUAUCAGACAGCUGAUGAACUGGGUUUCCCAUCCCUGCGUUCGAGCACAUGGCUUAAUGAAGGAAAUACAUCGCAUAGAGGAGUUGAAAAAUGUCCUCAAGGUGACUUACAAGGACGGCAGAAUACAUAUCACCUACUCCUGCUGGGAAGCAUUUAACAAGUUUACUCAGUCUAUUGACGUGAACCUCCUCACAUAUCCUCAUCAGCUGCUCGAUGUUAUUUACAUACAUGGAAUAGGAUCUAAUAGGUUGUUGUUAUUUUCAAUAGCAAGUUUAAUCAGUGUGCUGUUCUGGAUGUCUUAAAGGGAGACUGAAGUAUAGGCAAUAGCGAAGUGGC